CCCCGUCUUCUUCCCGGCGGAGGAAACCCAGGAGGGAAGCCAUGGCGUCCUCGCCGGUGGCGGCGAGCCCCGGGACGGCUCUCGACCCGGCUGGCGGCGCGCGGGAGCGGCUGCCGCGGCUCUGGGAAAUCCCGUCGGAGCUCUUCCGUUGCUGGGGUUGUUUCAGCUUCUUGGGCGAGCCGGUGACGGCGCCGUGCGGGCACACCUACUGCCGCCGCUGCCUCCGGGAGAAACUUCACGCCCGCUGCCGUCACUGCGGGGACCCGCUGGCCGGCACCACGGUCGCCGUGGUCUUAGCUCACUUGGCGGAGAAGUGGUUCCCGGCGGAGUGCGCCAGGGCUCGGACGUGGCGCCGGCUGGCCGAAUUGCUCCGGCAGGGGCGGCCCCGCGAGGCUCGGGAAGCCGCCGACCAGGCGCUCCGAAAGGAUCCCGGUGAUUUAAUGUUAAGAAUUUACAGAGCUGAAUCUUAUGCUAGUCUUCAAGAAUUUAAAUCUGCACUAGAUGAACUGAAUGCUGUUACUGCUAAAAUGCCAAAUUGGCCUGAGGUAUAUUUCAGAAGAGCAACAAUACUUAAUAAUGCUGGUUCUGUAGAAGAUGCCUUAAAGGUCUUUCUUCAUUGCCUAUCCCUUGAUGAAGGAUUUGUUUUAGCAAAAGUAGAAGCAAAAAAGAUUCUGCGUAAUUUGCUGUCACCAGAAAACAUUAGUGAGACAUUGAAAGAAUCUGCUUUAAAUACUUCAUAUGUUCGAAGUAAACAACUUAAACAAAGCUCUGCCUUUGAAAUGGAAGAGUCUUAUGAUUGCUUACAGCUCACCCCAGUGUCAGUCUUAGAAGAGCCGCAAGUUACACUAGACACUGUUGGAGGAAGUUUGCAACGUGCCCAGUCUGCAAAUUCUCUUGAUUCAGUAGAAAAAGAUGCCAAAGACGAUGUAUUAAAAAGAGUAUCUUCUGAACCAUUGCUUUCUGGCCCAGAGAAAGAAACUCCAAAAGGGAAUGCUACCUUUUCAACCACUUGUGGAAUAGUUCCAGAAAAUUUGGUUGAUGUAACAGACUUUGAAUGCUCAUUGUGUUUGAGGCUUUUCCUUCAUCCUGUGACAACACCCUGUGGCCAUACAUUCUGCAAGAACU